AUUCGUCUGUCAGAAAUCGGUUGGCUUCGAUCCGUUCAACACCUCACCGUUCGAAAACUACUGUUUUAAGUUUCACCAAAAAAUAUAUCCAAAAUGGAUAGAACCUUAAAAAAGUGUCCAACGGUUGACUAUGACUUGUUCAAGAAGGGAGAAGCUAUCGAAAUACAAGACAAUGAAUAUUAUCUGGAUACGAAGUAUAUUGUAGAAAAUCAGUUGGGAAGUGGCGGAUUCGGAACUGUCUAUGGCGGGUUUCGAAAAGAAGAUCAAUUACCAGUUGCUAUUAAAAAGAUUAACAAGUACAAAGUGCCUAAGUGGAGCGAGUUAAACGGCGAAAGAGUUCCAACUGAAGUCGUUCUUCUUUUAAGAGUUCAGCACAUUGAAGGAAUUGUUAAACUGAUUGAAUACUUCGAUACGGAAGAAUAUUUUGUGCUUGUACUCGAAAGGCCGAGAUCGGUUGUCGAUUUGUUCGAUUACAUAUCAGAAAAGUUACUGGUCGACGAGGAUACAGCAAGGGACUUUAUGAAACAAAUUGUUAGGAUGUUGAUACAAUGCCACGAUUCCGGUGUUACUCAUCGUGAUAUCAAGGAUGAAAAUCUACUAGUUGAUCUGGAGAAUGGAAAAUUGAAAUUAAUUGACUUCGGAUCGGGUUCUUUCACUAAGGAGACUCUUUAUGAUGAAUAUGACGGAACUCGAGUAUACAGUCCUCCUGAGUGGGUUCGCUACAAGCGAUACUUCUAUGGGCCUAUGACUGUUUGGUCUCUGGGAAUCCUCUUAUACGAUAUGGUUUGCGGUGACAUUCCUUUUGAGAAAGACGAACAAAUAAUCCGAGCCGAAGUUGAAUUUCGGGGUAAUAUAAGUGAAGAAUGCAAGAAUUUAAUAGAAAAUUGCUUGUCCGUAAAGUGGGUUGAUAGGCCUACAUUGAAAGACAUUCUCAAACACCCUUGGAUGACUAUGGGCAGUUUAAGUAGAACAAGUUCUCAAAACUCAUCGACAAACAGCUUGAAUAAUAAUUAAUGAGGAUGAUACGAAACUACACAAAAAACAGACAAUUUUUUUUAAUUGGUGCUAAUUUUUUUGAAACUUUGCAACGUUUCAAUGCAGACUGCAAAAAAAAACCUCUCCGGAUAAACUUGGUGUAACGUGUUCAAUAUUUAUUUUAAUAUUUAUGCGUGUAAAUGUUCCAUCGCAUAUUAUGUUUCUCACUAGUUUAGGCAAUUAUCGUUGUUUUUAAAUGAAUGUCCUAAAGUUCGUAAAGAUGUUUUUAUUCAAUUGAUUGUUGUUAUUGGUGAUCUGGACGAUUUUUGAUAGAAUUAGAGAAAGUCAGGGAAAAUAUAAAGUUGUUUUGAAAUAAUAAAAACCAUUGUAUUUCUGUUGAAAAAAAUUUUUGCAUCUUGCAUUCUUUUUAUUUUUCCUUCGGGACUGCAGGCGAUGUUGUCCACCAGGUCAGUUUGACCUUUGAACUUUUCUCCCUCAUGGUCGCACCACUUUUCUUUUAUUUUUCCGAAGCGUAUGUCUGGUCGUUAGGGGAAAACUAGCCUUGUUCGAAGACGUGUUUCUCGACGAGGCGUACCAUUCAUAAGUUUAUUUGUAACGCUAGAGCGUUGAACUGGUUUUUUUUUAUAAUGUGGUUCUAGUUUGAGACGCCUAUUUGCUACUUCAGAUUAAAGAUUAAUGAAGGAAAAUCUUUUAAACUCUAGCUAUUAUACUAGUGUACUAAUUUAUUUAAAUCGUUCAAUCGAGGGAUUAAAGAGGAAAAAUAAUAAAAUAUUUUAUUAAUAGCCAAGUAUUAUUUAAAAAGAUACAAAACUCCUAUAUUACUUAAAAUUAUUAGCGUACCAACAAUUCUUUUUAAAUGCGCACUAUUUACAGGACAUAUCCUAUUCCGUUACGUAAGAUAUGAAAUUUAAUUCCCUUUUCAAAGCAAUUUAAGAUUAUUUUUUUUAGGGGACAAAGGCCAUGUUACAAACAAAAAACAGAAGAGUUUACAUGUACUUGUAAUUGGUAAAUCAUUGGUACUUCACAUUUUCUGUCUUGUUUCCUUAUUCCUCUUUGUGACAAACAUCUUUAGGCCUCUGUUCUAAGGCAACAAUUCUAUAAAGCAUAAGAAGAAGAAGAAAAAACGAAGUAAAAAUCGUUA